AGAACUAAUGAGUACGUGUCCAGGUUCUCUUUGCUUCAAGGUUCUUUGCUUCUUUACCCAUCAGCGAUCAGCGUUUCAUAGAGUCGCGCCUGCACUUGCCAGGCUCAGCAAAGACCGGUGGAUGAUACCGAUUAAGCGAAUCCUCCGCAGGCCAACAUGUUUUUCUCUUUUUCUCUCUCUCACACACAUACCUACAUACACACAAUCUCCCUCUCCCUCUCCCUCAAGCCCCGCCCCCUAGUCGACGCGACGCUUGUCCCUCCAUCGUACCACCCUUGACGUCGUCGCCCAACUAUCGUAUCUCCCCAUUUACACCACUCGGUAAACUCACCUGGAAACUCACCUGGAAACCCUGUCCACACCCAUGAAAUGGUACCACCACGCCUCAGAGCUUCGACGCCACCGCCCGACCUCGUCCCUCCCAAUGUUCAAGCACGGCACCCCGGUCAAGAUCGUCCUCGAUCCCUCCUCACCUCUAUCGCGCCAUUGACGCUUCUGGCACUCUCCAUCAUGCUCUCGCCAUCCCAUUCGCUCUUGCUGCUAUCUCGGCCGCUUCCAGAAUCACUCCAGUGGAUCACAGGGUAGCAUCUCCGUCCUAAAGCCCUGUCUUCCACGCACAAGCUUUCUUCUCCUCUCGCAUGAACAACAUGCCUCGUUGCCUCGCUAGCAUCAGCUCACCAGACCAGCAACAAGCAUGUCUGCAAGACACCCUGGCACGCCUGGGUAUUCCAACCGAUAUGCCCUCGACAUCUCUGGGCUUGCUGUCGAGCGCUGUACAUAUACCAUCACUCCCGCUCUCUCCUAUUUCAGUUGGCUCAGACCGCUGUCGUGACACUCUGAUCACGGGUUUGCAUCCGAUUCCUUGUACAACCACAGCCAUCUCCCCCUCUUAGGUCCCAAUCUCGCUCUGCACAUCUUCCUCUGUGGACAGCAUCAUGGCCGAGAAGUUAGAUUUCCAUACCACUUCGGGUUCCGAGUCUCCAGACCACCUCACUCCCGGUAACCAGGAACAGCUCAACAAGAACGAGGUGAGAGAAGGCUACCCACGGCGUUUGCACGUCUGUUCUGAACACUGACAUGACCUCCUUCUCUUCAGGCCCGUCGAGGCUCCAAGCUCAAUGAAGCCACCGACAUCUACGGCGAUGUCGCAACUGCCGAAGAGUAUGGCUAUGUCUCGCGAGGUCUCAAGUCCCGUCACAUCCAAUUCAUCGCCCUCGGUGGCACCAUCGGUACCGGUCUCUUCCUUGGUAUUGGUCGAGCCUUUCUCCAGGCAGGCCCUCUCUCCGUCCUCCUCGGCUAUACCUUUACCGGCUUGGCCGUCUUCGCCAUGAUGUUCUCCUUGGGAGAAAUGGCAACCUGGCUUCCUCUCCCUGGUGCAAUUCCCCAGUUCUGCUCUCGCUAUGUUGAUGAUGCCAUGGGUUUCGCCGUCGGCUGGAACAACUGGUACUCGUGCUCUAUCACCCUGUGCGCCGAAAUAUCCGCAGCUGCAACCGUCAUCCAAUUCUGGGAGGGCGCAAGAGAUAUCAAUGUCGCCGCUUGGAUCUCUAUCGUCAUCGUUCUCGUCCUCUGUCUCAACAUCUUCGCCGUUUCCAUCUAUGGAGAAGCCGAGUUCAUCUUUGCCUCCAUCAAGAUAAUCACCAUUAUCGGCCUUCUGAUCCUGGCACUCAUCAUAAACCUCGGUGGUGUCCCAGGUCAACCUCGCCUUGGUUUCCACUACUGGAGAGAUCCUGGCGCCAUGAAGCCUUAUAUCGCAGAUGGCGCCGCUGGUCGUUUCCUGGGUUUGUGGUCAACUCUCGUCAACGCCGCCUUCUCUUACGGUGGGGUUGAAAUGGUCGCUGUUGCCGCCGGCGAGGCCGAAGAUCCCCGUCGAAAUAUUCCCAAGGCCGUGAAGCGAGUCUUCUGGCGUAUUCUGUUCUUCUAUGUCUUGGGAUCCUUGGCGAUUGGAGUCUUAGUCCCCUCAAAUGAUGAGAACCUGAUCAACGCCCGAGAGUCUGGUGCAGCCGGUGCCGCCCAGUCUCCCUGGGUUAUCGCCAUCAGUCGUGCCGGAAUCGACGUCUUGCCGUCUAUCAUUAAUGCCGUUAUUCUGACCUCGGCCUCGUCGUCCGCGAAUGCAUUUCUGUACACAGGAUCCCGCUACCUUUAUGCCCUUGCCCAGAACCGACAGGCUCCGAGGUUUCUCCUCAAAUGCACAAGGACAGGAGUUCCGCUCUGGUGUGUCUUGAUUACCUGCGCAAUCUCCCUCAUCACCUACCUCUCCUGUUCAGCCGGCUCUUCCAAAGUCUUUGCCUGGUUUCAGAACUUGACCACCAUCAGUACUCUGUUCACAUGGGUCAGCAUAUGCAUUGCUUACGUACGCUUUCACCAUGCACUCAAAGCUCAGGGAAUCGACCGCAACACUCUACCGUUCAAGUCGCCCUUCCAGCCAUACCUUGCCUAUGUCUCUGGCAUCUUCUUUGCUCUGAUCAUUUUUUUCAAUGGUUUUGAUAGUAUUGCUGGUGGUUGGGAUUGGCAGGCCUUUAUCACCGAUUACAUUGGCAUCCCCAUUUAUUUUGCAUUGUAUCUCUUCUGGAGAGUGCUCAAGCGGACCCAUUUUGUCAAGUCGUCUGAGGCCGACUUGUUUACUGGUAAGGCCGCUCUCGAUGCCGUUGUCUGGCCUGAGCGGAUCCCUCGAAACAUUAUUGAGAGGUUCUGGUUCUGGCUUGCGUGAUUGUCUCCAACUGGAUGAAAGUUCAUGGUUGACUCACAGACAGCUGUGAUGCCGAUCAUUUGACAAUUGGGUUCGGAACAAUGAAUUGAGAGCGAAUCUCGAGUGUCACUGCGACGAUGAGUAGUAAUACAAAAGAUCAAAUCUAGUUCUCUUGUGAUUUUAUGACAAGUUUUGUUCGACGACGAGUUGAGCCAGAGAUGCAGGGUAAAGGAGAAGAAGAAGACGUGAAUACUCAAAUAAUUCCAUUGAACUAGCGCUGGGCAAGUAGUGUCGUCCGAAACGAAAGCUCCCGGCUCAAAAGCUCGAAAGAAGGAUAAUCAUGUUGGUGGUUGGAGGGAGUGGGAGGGGUGAGAUUUAAUUAUAUCAGCCUCGUGGCUUCUCAUUGGCCUGUGGAGCAAACAACAACCUCUCCCUUGCGGAACAGCUUGUGUUGAAGGGCGUGCCCGUUGUCAUCAUCUUUUUUAGCUUGUUGCACUUCGAUAUGGUCUGAUCCUGGAUUCUUUCCUCAUUGGCUUGCCCUUGCAAGUCACGCACAUCACACAAAGCGUGGCGUCAACCCUCAAAGUCGCUUUAAUCAAUAAUAUGGCUAUCCUUGGUACGGCCUUGUUCUGCAAGAACAUAUAUCAUAUCUAUGCAAGAUCUAAC